AUGGAAGAACAAAGUAAGAAUCAUGGUGGCCUAACAUCGGCCUACCGUGGUGUCAGAAGGAGGAAAUGGGGGAAGUGGGUGUCCGAGAUACGCGAGCCUGGCAAGAAAACCCGAAUUUGGCUAGGGAGUUUCGAGACCCCUGAAAUGGCUGCCGCUGCAUAUGAUGCAGCAGCAUUGCACCUCAGGGGACGUGGGGCGAGACUAAAUUUUCCAGAAUUUGUGGAUAGUCUUCCUCGACCAGCAAGCUCAAGUGCUGAAGACAUACGCUUGGUGGCUCAGGAAGCCGCUUUGCUUUUCAAAACGCCCAUGGGAGAGCCCGAGGCAGGUAGCUCGAGCUCAAAACCUGUUCCUGUAACCAUAGGGCUCUCCCCGAGCCAAAUUCAAGCCAUUAAUGACUCCCCACUGGAUUCGCCAAAAAUGUGGACCGAGUUGGGUAUUGCCCGUAUGUUGGAAGAGCCUAUGAUUCUUACAGUUACCGACGAGGUUGAAAUGAGUGACUGGGAAGAAAUACCUGAUGAUUCCCUUUGGGACUAG